AGUAACAAACAUCGUAUUGUCUGUCUGAGUCGAGACGCACUCAGGGAUCUGCUGCCUGGGUCUUGAUAAAACUUGGUGCCUACGUCACUUCCUGCAUUUGGCGCGUCGAGAGUUUGCGGAAGCCGGAGAUAGACAAACAGUAAUGAGCAGCACGGACAGCAACCCUGCAGCCAUCCCCACCCCCUGUGAUGACAUACACGGUGAUAAACGAUGGAUAUCGCUGCACAACCGUUUUGUGUCAGACAGUAAAGGGAAGGAACCGGAUGUGCUCUUUGUUGGAGAUUCUCUUAUCCAACUAAUGCAUGAAUUUGAGGUAUGGAGAAAGCUGUUCUCUCCACUCCAUUCUUUGAAUUUUGGGAUUGGUGGCGAUGCAACACAGCAUGUCCUGUGGAGACUCACUAAUGGAGAACUGGACCACAUCUGCCCCAAGGUGGUAGUGUUGUGGGUGGGCACUAAUAAUCAUGGUCACACCCCAGAACAGAUCUGCGGCGGCAUCUUGGAAAUUGUUGACGUGAUCCACAAACACCUUCCUCAAACUCACGUACUUGUACUGGGCAUUUUGCCGAGAGGGAAGAGUCCGAACCCACUGCGGAAGCGUAACGGGCAAGUGAACACCCUGGUGCAGGCUGAGUUGGCAUCUCUCUCCUAUGCCUCUUUUCUGGAUGUAGAUCCUGGAUUUGUCCAAUCAGAUGGCUCCAUUUCCCACCAGGACCUAUACGACUAUCUCCACCUCACAGCACAGGCCUAUCAGAAAGUGUGCCAGCCGAUAUACACGCACAUUAAAUCUCUGUUAGAAAUGCAUGCUCCCUGAGUGCAGGAAAGCAAAUAAGUCCUUAUACACUAUUGUAGACAUGUAUCUUACAUGCAGAAAUGAUCAACAGCUACAAUAAAAAGAAAAAAAAAGAAGAAAAAAAAAAGCACUUACAUACUUAAUACUGUUACGAAGCAACUGUCACAAUUUACACUAGAUAUAGAACAUAUAUAUAGAUAUAGUACUGUUGUAAACGGAGCAACUAAUGCUAUUCCAUUUAUUGUCAUUUAAUACGUAACACAACUGACCUAAUCGGAUCAUUGUAUUCACUAUAGUCAUGCUUAAACUAUUAUGACAUAAAAACUGCCACUUUGUUUUUGUUGACCUGGCACUGAAAUUGUUUUUUUCAGGAAACAAAUAUUAGCUCAAGUACAUGCAAAGUUCUUGGAUACUGCACAGUUAACAAGAAGCAGUGGGUUGUGGUUCAGCAUUGUAAGACUUAAGUCAGUCAAAACUCAGUGAGCGUAAACAACCUUUCCGUUUAGGAGCCCUGAAUGAGCGUCCACUCAUAUAGCAGUUGCAUAAUACAAAACCAUGGUAAUGUGUUGGCAAGGCAGAGGUUUUAAUUACUCAUCAAUUGACCUUUUUUCCCCUUAAGGCACUUAUGAGUUUUUUUUUUUUUUUUUGUUUGUUUUUGUUUUGUACAAUGUUUAUGUCGCUAUGUCUUUAAUACAUAGAUAGUCUUAGUAUCUGGCUGUAUGUCUACAUUGGAACCUGUAAAUAUUACAAAGUAUACAACCAAGUAUACCAUAGUAAAAUAUAAAAUUGGCAUGCAUGCUUACCCCCUUGGCACCUGACUACAGUUCUUUAACUCUUGUCAAUAAGAAUAGCUGCCUCUAUUUUGUGUUUUUCUUGCUCCAAUAGACUUACAACUAAAGAAAGGCCACAUUUAUGCUGAGAAACUAAAUCAAAUGUAUAAGAGCAAUGGAAAUCUUAAACACUAUGCUGUGACCUGUAAAUAACUCAUGAGUGAUUCCACUUGAUGAGAAUGUAGUGUGAUCUUGCUUUUUUUUUUUUUGCUUUAUCCUGUCUUGUGUUAAUUCGGAGGCCUUUGGUUGCUUUGCAGGCCUGUUGGCUGGUGGACAAAAAGUUCUCAAAUGCUUCCAUCAAUACUUUUGAAGGCCAAAUCUGUGACUUAACAUUUGCAAUAUGUCUUUCUUUUAAAAAUGCUGGAUUAAAACCAUGGACUCAA